AUGCCGGAGGAUCCGUUGCUGUCCCGGAAAGCCAGAGUCGGCGCUUCCCAGUCUACAGCUGGCUCGCUGCCCGUCGCCAGCGGACACCUGCUCGAUAUCCCUCGCGUUCACCUCGCCUCAUUGUCGCCUCGCAGCUCACCGCUAACCCCAGGCUCCCCUUCUACACGCUCUGCAAAACCGCCGUCUUCGCCUACUUUGCCUCGGGCCGCGGGAUCGACUAUGUGUACCACACGCUCCUGGGAGCACGAGCCGCAGAUCGACUCCUUCCUCGCCAACCUGAAGGCGCGCGCGGGCGAGGGCGCCAAGGGCUCCAUCGGAUGGGUUUGGGACACGGGAAGGAAGGCCAUGGGUCAGGCGCAGGGCCUCGCGGCCGCCGCGGGCGCGCAACCCCCGACGCUCGCCGACCCCGCCUCCGGCGCCGCGCAGCAGGCGUACGGUUUCCUCUCAUCAGUGGCCAGCCGGUACAUGCCCGCCGCGCUCGCGACCGUGUCAGCGGCCACCUCGCAAGCGCAGCAGGCCGUGAACCGCGCGCCGUCUUCAAGCUCGGCGCGCGGCUUCGACGUGCCCUCUGAAUCCACCUCGGCGUCGGGCUCGAACCUGGGCUACCCGUACACGCUGGAUAAGAAGAAGCCCGAGUCGGACGACGAGGCCUCAGGCAGCGGAAGUGGCGGCAGUACGGCCAACUUGUCGGGCUUUGCUGAGAUUCGGCGUGAGGAGGCCGAAGGUGCCUCUGUGCCCCCCGCUGCGCCCAGUGGGGCUGGGGCGAGGCGUACCUCCGGAGGAUGGUUCUGGGGUAAGGACAAGGACCAGGGUAAGAAGACAGAGUAG